UGGUGCUGUGUGUGUGUGUGUGUGUUUAGAACAACACAUAAUCUGGUUAUAGAGCUCCCAUUGUGCAGACUGCAGAUAAAGACUCUUGGCAAGCCCAGGCUUGAUGAAUGAGAUCCUAACUCUCACAGGUGGAGCAGUGCACUCUUUACUGACAGCAGGGAAAACUUUUUCUUCUCCGCUAGUUUUCUUUUUACUUUCAGAAAAUGCCUACAGAUUUCAAUGGAUAUUGGAAGAUGCUGAGUAAUGACAACUUUGAGGAGUACUUGAAAGCAUUGGACAUAAAUAUUGCAAUUAGGAAAAUCGCCACCUUGCUGAAACCCGACAAAGACGUCAUUCAGAAUGGAGAUCACAUGAUCAUUAAAACUCUCAGCACCUUUAAAAAUUACGUCAUGGAUUUCGAAGUCGGGAAGGAGUUCGAAGAGGAUUUAUCGGGGGUGGAUGAUCGUAAAUGCAUGACCACAGUGACCUGGGAAGGAGAUAAGCUUGUGUGUGUGCAGAAAGGAGAGAAACCAGGAAGAGGCUGGACUCAGUGGGUGGAAGGAGAUGAAAUGCACCUGGAAAUAAGGGUUAAUGGCGUAGUAUGCAAACAAGUCUUCAAGAAGGUGCCACAGUGAGACUGUACAAAACUGGAGAAAAUGUGGAGACAACUGCAGGAACAGGGAGGCAAACUCGACGAUCCCAGCAAAACACGCAUCCUCGAGAUCAGACAAGGAAAUAUGACAUGUCUUCAAUUUCUUAAAGGAUCUACUGUCAGAAAUUGACCUUUCUGUGUAUUCAGCAUGCCUCUUUAUAGCUUAUUUCAACUAAUGUACUGAUCAAGGAAAAACUGUGCAAUCUGUUUUAUUUUCUAGUACUGUAUUGUAAUGGUCCUCUGUUCAAGUGACAUUAGCUUCACAAGCACUAUCCUCAAUGACAUCAGUUGUAACAGGCUUCUUUUUCUGAAUUUGUUACACUACCGUGUACAAUUUCUGAAUAAAAGGAACCGAAGCCAGCCAGACUGUGCAGGCUUUGAAUGAAGGUGGGCGGAGUGUUUAAAACAUGUGUGGCAUUAAAUUCCAACUUACAUC